AUGGCAGGCGCCGUUGGACCAGCCACGAGCUGGCGCAUGAUGAUAGCGUUCAGCAGUGCACCCAAGAACCAAGUAGCCACGACACGUGCGACCGGGCAACACGCUCGCAAUGGCUAUACUGAUGUGUGCGAAUUCCACGUGGCGUAUCCGGAUGACCAAAUCUUCGCGAUGGAUCUUGGGGCGCCGGUGGCCAAGGUGGACUCACGGACGGAGGCGCCACGGGACGACGAUGCACCACCGCGAUACCUUACGCGCGCCGACGCUUUCACCAGCGUCUUCCAGAGUGUCGUCAAGCCUGCAGUAGCGGCGCCAUCGCCCGCAGCAGCUUCGCCGUUCGCCGAGUCGCUGGUCGUGCACAUCCACCCGAGCCAGAGCGGCAACCCGCUCGUCAAGCUUCUCCACAACGUCAUCCCCGAGGUGAACCCGGACAUCACGUCCGACUACAUGAUGGGCGAGGCGUGCGUCGCAUGCUUCCUCAGCGUGCGCUACCACAUGCUGCACCCGACGUACCUCAAGAGCAAGCUCGGGCGCGUCAAGCCGGCGCGCGUCCAGGUUGUUGUGUGCCACGUCGACGUUCCCGACAACGAGUCAGCGCUCAAGGAGAUCAACCGCGACGCGCUCGCCUGUGGCUUUACGCUUCUCCUGGCGUGGAGCUGGAAAGAGGCGGCGCGGUACAUUGAGACGCUCAAGAGCUACGAGAAUCGACCGGCGACGCUUAUCAAGGAGAAAGUUGAGAACGACUACAGCGCGCAGCUGGCCGACGUGCUCACAGGCGUCCGGUCGAUCAACAAGACCGACGUCGUCACGCUCUCGAGCAACUUUGGCUCGGUGCAGCGGCUCAUGUGCGCGACGGAAGACGAGCUGGCGCUGUGUCCCGGCAUCGGUGGCAAGAAGGUCCAGAUGCUCCUCGAGGCAUUCAACACGCCCUUCCACGCAACCAGUUAG